AGACUUUGAGAGGGACCCAGUCGGUUUGGGCUUCAGCAGGAGUGUUCGUUAUUGAUUUGGUGUGGGAUUUAAGUGUGUUUUUAUUUUUAAAAAAAAACAUUAAAAAGCGGGGCUUUCUGUCAGCAUGUUCAGCUGGCUGGGGACGCACGACCGCGGCAAAAAGGACCCGGAGGUCUUUCAGACGGUGACGGACGGCCUGAAGAAGCUGUACAAAACCAAGCUGCUUCCCCUGGAGGAACAUUACCGCUUCCACGAGUUCCACUCGCCCUCCCUGGACAAUGCGGACUUCGACAACAAGCCCAUGCUGCUGCUGGUCGGUCAGUACUCCACCGGCAAGACCACCUUCAUCAGGUACCUUCUUGAACAAGAUUUCCCAGGAAUGAGGAUUGGACCUGAGCCAACUACUGAUUGCUUCAUUGCUGUAAUGAAUGGGGAUGUAGAAGGAGUGGUUCCUGGAAAUGCUCUGGUGGUGGAUCCAAAAAAGCCAUUCCGGAAACUUAAUGCUUUUGGCAAUGCCUUUUUGAACAGAUUUAUGUGUGCCCAGUUGCCAAACCCAGUGCUUGAAAGCAUUAGCAUCAUUGACACUCCUGGCAUCCUAUCUGGAGAGAAGCAGCGUAUCAGCCGAGAACAAGAGGAAGGGUACAGCUCGCGCAGUCGAUGCCCACAUGGAGGUACUUCAAAUAAAGCAGCACACUUUUUUCUCUUUUUAAAUUGCUGUCACUUAAAUGCUUACACCACAGCUUUACAAAAGCAGCUAAGCUCUGGCUUGCAAAUUACCUGCUUCACUUUUUAUGAAAAAAUAUCCACUUCCCCGAUUGGAGUAUGAGGAAGGCUUCAGGACUCAGCUUCCAGUGAUCUCUCCUGUCGUUCCAUGUUUGUUUGUUUUCCCAUACCUUUGCACACCUUCUGGUUUAUUGUGUUUUUUAAUUAUUGUAAACUAGAAGAAAAGUUUGUUUGUUUUUGUUUGAAGAAAUAUAGGACAUAUUAUUGUUCAGCUUUUUUUUGUUCUGACCUGCUGUCUGUGUUGAACAAGGUUUGGGAUUUGGUGGACAAUUCCAAGUGGGUCAUGAUAUAUCAGUCUCCAUUAUACUAGGUUGACAUAAAUAGUCCCUUCAUAAUGUAGACCCUCUGAUCAAUAUCACAGCCAGAUCUAUUUGCAUCAUUUCAGAUGCUUUCUACCACCAAUUACCAUUAUCCAAGUUUCAAAUUGUAGAAGCUUCCUUAUUUUCAAACCAGCAUCCAAACUGAUGCAUGACAUAAAAAAACCUGCAAGAUUCUGAUUUCUAUUCAUAUCUUUUUCAAGGCUGUCUUUGCAUCGUGCAACAGUAGUCUAUGCUGAUGCUCUGUUACUGUCCCUGUAAUUGUCUCUGCAGGAGGAGCUGGGUAUAGACUGAUUUACAAGAGGUAAGAGGUUGUAGAUUCUCUCCUUUCUGUCCAGAAUGGCCUGAAUGACUCUCAUUGCUUUUAUAAUCUUGUUGGCUUGUGUAUUACAAAAGCACAAAUGAAAGCUGAAAUCAAAUUUCACUUUACUUGGGGAAUUUAAUACUCUGGGCUAGGAAUUUUGCUGUCCCAAAUGUAAAUCCCACUAGGAACGAACUGUAAAAUUGAAUUCAAUAAAUGAGCGCUUAAAAAAAAAAAAAAAAAAAAAAAUUGGCAGG